UACUUGUGUUUCCGACAAUCUUAUAUACUUUUUCUAGUCGUAAAAUAUUGUGAAUGCUUUAAAACAUAUAUACAGUAUAUAUACAUAAACUGCUUUUUAUAUUACACUGGAUAAAUAAAUGAUUCAUAGUGUCAAUAAACAUAUUAUUUUCUACCUAGGAAUAUGUAAUCGAAAAAGAAAGACCGGGAUAACUAUAAUUUUAUUAUGUAUAAUGGAAUAUGCAUGGAAACUGAAAUAUUUAAGUGAUCAAAAUUAAAUCAGAAAAAAAAUAGUACAUAUAUAAUUUACAAGUUAACUGUAUAGAGAUAAUAAAAAAAAAAGAUGGGAUGUAAUGUUAGCGUGUUGGACGGCGGUAUUGGUGGUAGGAGCUCAAAGUCGGGCAGUAUAAACAAGAAAUGUUCAGAAGCCGUGCGACAUUCCAUCGUCGACAAAAAUGACAAGUUCGAUCCUCGUCUGCCAUUGACCGUCAGACAGAAAUUUAAUAUCAUGAAAUCUUGGAAAGGGAUCGCUAGAAAUAUUUCUGACACUGGAAUACUGAUGUUUUUGAGAUUAUUUGAAACUAAUGAAGAGGUAAGAUCCAUGUUCACUAAGCUAGUCCACGGUGGUAAAUAUGACAUUGUACAGCUACGGGAGAGUAAAGAGCUGGAAAACCACGUGAAACAAGUCAUGUAUACCUUAGAUGAGGCGAUAUCAACGCUCGGGGACGUUGACAAUGUUGUCAAAUUGUUACAUGCUGUUGGCAGCAGUCAUCGACGCUUGAAAAGUAGGGGAUUUAAUCCAUCCAUCUUCUGGAAAAUAGAAGAGCCUUUUCUGAUGGCUGUGAAGGACACCCUUGGAGAUAGGUACACGGCAAAUAUGGAGCACAUUUACCAAAAAACUAUCAAGUUUAUUUUAGAAACAUUGGUAGAAGGCUUCAGUCUCGAAAGCAAUUUAAGUUAGAGGCGAAAUUUCAUCGAACAUGAUCACAUUAUAUAUACCGAAAUAAGAAGAGCAGAGAUAGCAUGAAGUAAUACAAAUACUGGACUUCUCGGAAGCGGUAUAUCCCAUUCAUCCAUCUUGAAACACUUUCAUAGAUCCGCGGUGAAUUAUUGUCAUGCAUGAUGCUCCGUUACAUAGAAGUGGGCUCUAAACUUCUCUAUAUUGCGGAGGAUAUUAGUUAGCGGUUCUCGUGCCCGUUUUCUAUCACAUUACACGUAUGACGUCAGGAAGCGAUUUAUGUGUCCUGUUCCUGUGUCACUACCAAGAACGACAAUGAAGAACUGCAGUGUAGUGUUUUUGUGUCAACAUGGAGAAUGACAAUAAACAAUUCGUGUCCGAUUUCCAUCUCAGUGCGGUAAACAGCAUUUCUAUGUUAUUACAAAGAAAGACAUGUACUGUUUCUAGGUUAUUUCGAGUCAGGGUAUGUCUUGUUUCUAUGUUAUAGCGGACACCGUAAUGUCUUGCUUCUACGUUAUUGCAGGCAACGACAUGUCCUGUUUCUAUGUUAUUACUGUAACGACAUGUUCUGUUGUCGGGACGAAAUACAGGUGUAAUUAUUACUUGCAUCGGUGAUAAGAUUAAUAGUUUACACUCUUAUGUGUGGAAUACAAACUGUCAAAAAAUUCAGCGGAUACUUUUCAAAAAUAGCUGGCUUCUUCAAUGUUUAACGCGACAGUUCUUAUACUACAGUAGACUGUUAUAUUAUCAAGCUAGACUGUUACACUAAAAAACUAGCGGAUAUAUUUCAACAAGAAUGCGAACAUACGAAUAUGAUUAUCUUCAACCAUUCUGCUUCCACAGUAGUGUUAAAUAUACUAUUUCGCAACCAAAAGAUUUAAUUGUUUUAACUUAUUACAGAACUUUCAAUGCACGUCUUGACAAAAUUGUAUCGUUAAAUAUAGAAGACGAAAAUAUAACAACAUAAGGUUGAAAUAUAUGUUAUUCACUUUGUUUAACAUUGAUAGCAUAUAAAAUAAUUAUGUACAAAUAAUAUUUUUCUUUAGACAAUUUGUCCAAAUUUUCACAAUAAUAUUGUUAAAACAUUUCUUCCAAUACAUGUAUUAGUGUUGUAUCCAGGAUGUAAAAAGGGCAUGGGGCAGUGGAAAAGGGGCAUGGGGCUAGAGG